ACCGGACUGGUGGUCGGUACGAAACAAGGCGUCGGCGCCGUGGAUGCCCCGGCUUCCUCAAGUGCCGGACCAUCCUCCACCUCCACCGGUAGUGCCACCACCACCGUCUCCACCACCACCGCCGCCACCGCCACCACCAGCGAGGGCAGCAGCAGCACCACCACCGCUGCCACCACCGCCGCCGCCACCACCGCCGCCACCACCACCACCAUCACCACCACCACCAGCACCAACAGCGGCACCAGCACCAGCACCAGCAUCAGCAGCAGCACCAGCACCGCCACCUCCAUGGAGGUCGCGCGGUUGGGCAUCAGUAGAGCCCGGGACAGACUGCCGAUCGCGCACACGGAGGGUGCGGGUCGUCCCUGGGAUUGGUGGUCGGAUCGGGUUUGGUCGGUCGGUCGGUCGGUCGUUGUAUCGCGCAUCCCUGUUUACGUGGACGGCUCUGGUGCGUACGUAUCGCGAGUAGCAAACGUAUCCAGUGGACCGGAUUUCGAGAAAUGAUGCGGUGAGGGAGCGGGAGAUGAAGACGCCUCGUGGCUAGUGUGGUGCAGUUGAGAAAGGAAGAGAAAGGGAGAGGAGGAGGAGACGGAGAAGGAGAAAGAAAGAGGGAGAGAGAGAGAGAGGGAGAGAGAGAAGGGAGGGAGAGAGAGAGAGAGAGCGAGAGAGAAAGGGUGGUGCAGGUGGUGGUGGAGUGGCGGACGGAGUUGGUCGGUGGCGAGUGGCGAGCGAGCGAGCGAGCGAGCGAACCCCGAAUAAGUGGAGCCGCCGCGGUCCAGUGCCGUGUGAAAUGGACUAGAGAGUGGAUUGGUGGUCGGUUGUCGGUCGAAUCGGUGGGUGCAAGGGAGGAUCGAGAUGUUGUGCGUUUCGGGACCGGGAUCGUCUCGCGCGUCGAGACGGCUGGCGUCGCGUUAUCGGAUUCGUCGUUGAUCGGACAAAGCCGGUUGUUGUUCGCUCUCCGUUCCCGUAUGCGUGCGUGUGCGUGGCUGCGUGCGUGUAUGCGUGCGUGCGCGCCGACCAAAGACAUCCUCGCGUGUGGAGCUACUUCGUGUUCGAAAUAGACGGAAAACGAAGAUCACGAGCGAACCGCCACGGAGGCAACCUCGUCGUCGCCCGACAAGCAACCACUACGAAUGAUAAAAUGAAGGAAUUGACACGUAUAAGAGCAACGAUACGACACGAAGCGUAACGAGUAUAACUCGCCAAGAGAUACUACAAGAACUGGCAAAUCGACGCGCUCGUAGUGUAAAACUUUCGAAACUGACCUUCCCCUCCUGCCGAUGGACGAUUAGCCAUCGCCGGAAGCUCAUCGCGCGUCCAGGGAGGGGUGGCGAACGCCGAUGCUUCCCUUGGACUUGUCGGGCCGCGCCGUCGACCGGAGCUCCUCGUCGUUGAUCGGACGAGCGACGAGGACGACGAUCGAGGCGAUCGUCGCGACGUGGGCGAGAGCGAGGAGCAAGAACAACGAGUUCCGGUUGACGCGGAAGCUCGUUGCAGGCCACUCACGUCCCCGAGGAUGGAACUGAGAGCCCUGGAUCCGAUUGGCACCGCGUUGGCACCGAUAUCUCGCGAGUUGAUCAUCCGUUUGCGAACGACGAGCGAGCAGACGAAGCGUUCGAGGGCGGUGAACGAGGAGGAGUGGAAAGAGGGUGGGUCGGAGCACGGGGUAGACGGAAGAGAGGACGGAAGGGGGUAUCCGGCGCGAGAGGAAGAGGAAGAGGAAGAAGAGGGACGUGCCCCGGGCGGAGGGCCCCACAGAUGCGGGGCCCGGAGGGGCCAGUCCGCGGCGGCGUGACGCGAUGCGGACGUCCUCCUCCUCGGCCGCGAGGAAGAGGAAACAGGUCUUCUCGCCUAUCCUCGACCCUAUCCGAGCUCUGCCUCCCUCGCUGGACGAUAGCUUCGUCUUGGACCGUGCUCGCGAUCACCGCCUCGUCGGCCCUGUCUUCCGCUGUUCCGCUCACCCGGCUGCCCGUCGUCCAAGGUGGCGGUGCGGCCGAGCGGAGGACGAGGAGUUUGGCGGGAGCGAGAGGACGGCGCGGUGGGAUUUCCAGGAGGAAGACGGCGGGACGCGGAGGCGAAAUGGGAGGGAAGGAGCGGUGCAGGCGCGUUGCGAGAGCAGGGGGGACGGGUCGAAAAAGUGUUUGGCGACGGUCGUGGUGUUGCUCGGUCUGUUGUGCGGACAGUGGUGCGGCGGUGGGGCGGAGGCCCUCGCCGGAAGCCAGAAGUACAGCACGAGGACGGUGAGGACCAGGUACGGGACGUUGCGCGGCGUCGAGGACAGGUCGUCCACCUCCGUGGAAACCUAUUACGGCGUCCCGUACGCCACACCCCCGAUCGGGGCGCUGCGGUACAUGCCACCGGUCACGCCGACCCCGUGGCGGGGCACCAAGCUGGCGGACACCGUGCCGCCCGCGUGCCCCCAGCGGCCCCCGGAACCGGACUCGAGUCUGCCGCGCUCCAAACGCGCCUACCUCGAGAGGCUGGCGCCCAUGCUUGCCAACCAGAGCGAAGACUGCCUAUACUUGAACCUCUACGUGCCCAAAACUCCUCACGGUAGUACCCCAGACUUAUUGCCAACCCUUCUUCUAAUACACGGUGAUUCCUAUUCGUGGGGCGCUGGAAAUUCCUUCGACGGCACUGCGUUGGCUGCUUACGGUCGUCUUAUCGUCGUUUCUAUUAAUUUUCGUCUCGGCGUACUCGGCUUUCUUAAAACAGGCCCGAAGGGAAGCGCGCAAGGAAAUUACGGAUUGAUGGAUCUAGUGGCAGGGCUUCACUGGUUACACGAGAAUCUUGGCGCUUUUGGCGGUGACCCCGACCGGCUGACGCUCUUUGGCUACGGCACAGGAGCGGCUCUUGCCAAUUUUUUAGCCGUCUCGCCCAUGGUGAAAGAGUUGGUCGAGAGAGUGGUAUUACUGGGCGGUUCCGCCCUGUCACCCUGGGCCAUACAGCGUGAUCCGUUAACGGUGAAACAUCGCGUCGCCCAACAGACCGGAUGCCCUGGUAACGUCGAGGCUGACGAUAUCGCACCGUGCCUUCGUUUGCGAAGUUUGGAGGAGCUUCUCGCCGUGCAUUUGGACCCGCCGAGAUUCACCUCUGGAUUCGCCCCUUUCGUCGAUGGGGCGGUCAUGCCUCCGCCGAUCAAUCAGAAUUUCCAGCCAACCGCCUCCUCGUCGGGUCUGAUGCCCCUGGUUCCCGGCCCAGGAACCGAGUUCGCUAAUUUCGGCGAUCGAGACCUGAUGCUCGGAUUGACGUCAGAGGAGGCAUGGGUCAACCUCACCGACGAGGAUCUACAGAACGGUCUGAACGAGACGAGGAGGGAUCGGAUUUUGCGCACGUACGUGCGGAACACGUAUCGCUACCACCUUCACGAGAUCUACUCGACCCUCCGUAACGAGUACACGGACUGGGAGAGGGGCGAGCAGAGCCCGGUGGCUAUCUGCGACGGGCUUUUGUCGUUGCUCGGCGACGGCCAGGUCGCAGCUCCCCUUCUGAGGUUGGCGCUGCUGCACUCGGCCUCGGGUGGACGCGGCUACUUCCUCCACUUCCAGCUGGGCGAGAGGCCGAGCCAGAGGGGCGAGGAGGUGCCCUACCUCCUCGGCAUACCUCUACUCCGGGGAGAGAUCGCGUCCGUUUUGAUCGGCCAGGCCAACUACACCUCGGCCGACGAGAAUCUGUCCAAACUGUUGGUCCACUACUUGGCCAACUUCGUGAGACGCGGAGAUCCGAACGGAGCGAGCCCCCUCACGUCGGGAUCGGACGGGCUCCCUACCAGCCCUCCGUUCUGGGAUUCGUACGACUCGAUUAAUCAGCUCUACCUGGAGGCCGGUCGCAGCACGGAAAUGCGGUCGCAUUACAGGGGCCACAAGAUGUCCCUGUGGUUGAACCUGUUGCCGCAGCUCCAUCGACCGGGCUACGAGAUCAGCAUGCGUCACCAUCACCUCGCCGAAACCGCGACCCUCUACGAAGGCGUGGUGCGCCCUCAGACCUUGGCGCAGCCGUUGCCGCCGCCUCCGCUUCCGGUUCCCUCGCCCACCGAGCCAUCCUCCAUCUCCAGCGUCGUAUCGACCACCGAGUGUACCCCUAACGCCACGGUCGCCACCACCGUGCCCACCACCACGGCCGCCCACGCCUCCAACGCCCACCCGAACCUGGGCCCGGGGCCCAACAACAUCCUCAAGAAGCUGGCCUCCAACCAUUACCAGAACUACACCACCGCCCUCUCCGUCACCAUCGGCGUCGGGGUGUUCCUCCUCGUGCUCAACAUCAUGAUAUUCGCCGGCAUCUAUUACCAGAGGGACAGGAACUCGUCGAGGUCGUCGGCCGGCCUCGCCUCGGCUUUCGCCAACAAGAAGAAGGAGGAGUUGUUGGAGGCCGGCUGCUCGGGCAUCGAGGCGCCCUCGGCCAAGCAGAGGCUGUCCACCUUGAACCUGAUGGACUCCCCCUCCUCGAGCCCGCCCCCGCACAAGGCGAAGCUCGCCCAGGAGUUGGAGCUGCAGUUGCAGGAGUUCCAGUGCUCGCCGCCCCCAGGCGGGGGGAAGAGGGGGGUGUUGGAGCCACCCCUGUACACGAGGAGCCCCUGCGUGCAGAGGACGCGGACCCCGUCGCCCUGCGUGGACGCGACCACGGCCAGGAUGGACGACGACGACGACGAGGACGACGACGACGACGACGAGGACGACGACGACGACGAGGACGACGACGAGGACGACAACGGGGAUAACAGCAGCGACGAUAACGACGACGAGAAUCUUCCUGAACCCCCGCCGCCCCCCAAGGUGCCGGCUCCCAAUGUGAAUCUCUCGUGUCCAGGUAUACUCAGGCAACCUGGCACACCUGGCAGCGCCAAGAAACGCGUUCAGAUACAGGAGAUUUCCGUCUGAGGAUCUUUCUUUUUUUUUUUUUUUUCCCUCCUUUCGAUGAAUCGAUCCAACGAUCCCGACCCCUGCCUCCUCCUCCCCACCCCCACUCGAUCGUCGCUACUGCUGGCGGUAGUCGAUCAUCGAUGGUGUCGCGCCGUGGAUCGAUCACGGAAGAGAUUUUUCGGGAUAGGAACGGAAUUCUUCCUCGAUGUGGUUUUGCACCACGUUUUUUCCAGAUAUACGGAGGUGUUCGGCAUUUCCGCGCGAUCGACGAACGAAGAAGCGCGAGUACGGCGGGGAAUAAGUGCACAAAUCAGAUGGCCUUAAAGGGAGAAUUCGUGGGAGAAACGAAGGGAGAGGCAACUCUCGUCGGACUCGGCCAACUCGGUCAACCUCCGAGUUCCCUCCGAGAUUCGACGAUGAAUAUUUUCCAAUAUUUCUUACCGACCCGAAUAGAAAACGAAAAGAAAAAAGAAAAAAAAGAAAAAAAAGAAAAAAAAUGAAAAACAAAAAAAAGAAGCGGCGACAAAAGAUUCGAAAGAGAAGAAGAGAGAGAGAGAGAGAGAGAGAGAGAGGGAGACGAGCUCCUCUUAUCGGAGUGAAUGUUCGACCGCGUGAAAAUAUUUCGUACGGAGCUAAAUUAAACGGACCUUGCUCGAAUUCUUUCGACGAGAGGAGCGUGUGUUCACCUUAUCUAUGUACCAUCCUUCCUCGAGGACGAAGAGAAAGGGAAGAGAAAGGAUCUUGUUAAAAGGAAAAAGGGAAAACGAAAGUGGAAGUUUCGUAGGAAGAGAGAAGAAAGAAGGAUACGGGGAGAGGUGAACAGAGGGUGAAAGGGAGAGAGUCGUCGAGCAUCGGUCGAAUCGUUGCCGGGGGUCGUCGCGACGCUCGACGCUACGAAACGAGGGGAUUGAUAUAAUCUCAGGAACUGAAAAGACAAGGCGCGCGCCGAACAGAGACCCGGCAGGAUGCCUCGGGCUUCCUUUAUCCGGAUUUGUCGGAGCACUAAGUGGAAUUAUUCGAGGAAUUGGAGGGUCUGACCUCGACUUUUUGGGUCUCGUGACUUUUUUUUCGCGAGAGAGAGAGAGAGAGAGAGUGUGUGUGUGCGCGCGCGCGUGUGUACGAGAGGAAUUGGACAGCUGAUGAAGCGAAACUCCGCAGGCUGAGCACAGAGAGGAGCCUGCUGGCUGAUGCGAAUCUGAACUUCUCGUCGGUAUAAUCGCGUGUGUUCUUUUAGUUACGAGAGAGAAGAGUGUGCGGGAGAGAAAGGGGUGAAGAGUGGAACGAGUGUUGAGAGAGGAUGCUUGCUAAGAAUGGUGGAGGGAUAUAUCGUCGUGAAUCGUACGAGGAAAUGUUGGAAACGGUGAAGGAUCCAUAUUUUUUUCGUUUCCUCGUGGAGGGUGCUUACAAGGACCUGUUCCUGUUCAAUUUUCGUGUUCGAGUUCGUUGUGACACGUUUGUUAUUAUAUAUAUAUGUUUUCGCGUUUGUUUGUCGUUUGUUUUUGCAAUUCUAGUAUACGAAAGUGUUUGACGUGUAAAUUGUACAAGUGGACGAGUUAAUUUAUCGUUGAAAGAGCAAUGUCGUGAUAUUUUUUGUUUUGCGAUUUUCCUGCACGGAAUGAUAAUAGUUACGAAACGAAUAAUUAUCACGUUCGGAAGAUUUAUCAAUUUAUUUAUUUUUACUGUAAUUUCCUUCGCAGGUGGAUUGACAUCCGUCACGAAACGGAUAUCGUCGACUUUGAAGAUUCGUGUUCCCAGUUCGGAAUGCAAUUUAUUCGUCUCUUUUUCUUUUAUUGAAUUAAACUUUAAAUUGUCGACAUAAUUCGUGGCACAACGCAGAGUCGAUUCGAAUGUCUAAUUUCUUUAAACAUGGUGCUCGAUCCUACGUUAAUUAACGCGAAACGCGGCCUGCAAGAGAUUUUCGCGCGAAAAUGAAAUAACGAAAUUAAUUAGUAGACAAGUGGAACUUCGAAUCGGCAAUUUUGAGAAUUUCGCGAAUGUUCUUGUUUCGAGUGUGUACCGUCCUCCUUGUUGACAAAUGCCUGUGUUUACGAGCGAGCAACGUUCCUCGCUGUUGCCUCUCGAACAAUUAGCCUUGAUUACGUUUCGUUCGAAUACCGGAACUAAGUUAGAUUCGUCGAGUUGAUAACAAAAACGCUCGUCACCCGCGCGUCUAAAUUUAUUUCUAAAACAAUCUCUCGAUCAUAGCGGAUUUCGAUAAUCCAACCAUCGAGAUUCCUUAAUUUUGAAACUAUGGAAAUCAUUUACGACGCUGCCAUUUAAACGAAAAUGAAGAAACAAUUUUGUAAUCUUAAAUUUAAUUCCGAUCGGAAGUGGAAGGCAUUAAUUCUUUGCAAAUUAAAAUUAAAAGUUGAACGAUUACGUGAUAUAUGUAUCUUUCUUUACCCUUGAUAUUUGAAUCUUUAAUUUACAAUUUAAAAUGUAGAAUGUAUCUUUGAUCGGAAUAUCAGGAACGUGAGUUUUCACGUUUUAAAUCUCGUAUUUUUUCUUUUCUUUUCUUUCGACAUAUUUAAGGAAUCCGAAACGAUUCCUCUUUCGAUUCCAUCAACGCACGAAUCUUCCUCCCUCGAUACGCUACUACCUUUCGAGGUAUUCUUCAUUUUCCAUCCACGAAAUAUACAUAGGAUAUGCGGCGGAAGUGACGAUCGAUGGCGGAAACGGGAGAUAGAUGAGUGGCGACACGUAAAAGGCGAGGAAGUUGUAAGAACGAGGGAGAGGCCAGCCAUAAAAUCUAACCUGAUUUAGCUCAAUCGGAGGAAACGCCUUUGACAAAAUUCGUGCGUCUUUGGAAUGAUUCUAUCGAUCCUCGAAUCUCGAACGAAAGAGGCGAAAAGGAGAGAGAGAGAGAGAGAAAGAGAGAGAGGCGUUUCGCGUGUACGAGUAUAUUUGCGCGUGUGUGCGUGAAAGUGCGAAAAAUUGCAGAUAUGAAGAGAAGAAUAAGAGCGAGAGAGAGAGAGAGAGAGAAUGAAAGAGAAAGAAGUUGGAGAGUCCUGUCGUUGAAAACUCUGGUGUCGAUUCGUCGAUGAAUCUUCGAUUCCUUGGUCGAAAGAUGGAAAAAUUUCCCUUCUCGAGCGAUGAAAGAUGGAAAAAUCACGUUGAAAAAUUGGCGAUCGAGGAUUUUUCGAUGGAUCGACGAGGCAACGACGUCUUCGAGCGUCAUUUACAUACAGAAUUAAACGAAGGCAUGCACACGUAUACACAUGUCUGACACGUAACACGUAACACGGAUGCGAAGGACACAUGGUGGAAACACACACGAGGUACACACGUACACGAUUAUCAAUGUUUGGAAUGUUGGGAUUUGUUUAAAUAAAUAAUUAAAGCAUUUAAAGCGUAA